GUCAUUACAUCGCCACACGCCAUGGUUUGAGCUUCAUAUUUCACCCAUCUCGACCAAGACGAUGCGCACCCGGGCGCAGGCACACGACCCGGCCACGCUGGACGUGUCCUACGUCGCGACCACUUUCGGCGUCGCAGAGCACGAUGUCCAGCAACUUCUGGACGCACCCACCGCCGAACUGGUCGAAGACUUUCUGCUUUCGCUGACCGACAAGGGCCAAGAGUUUGAUGCGCUCCGGGCGGAGAAGCUGAAGGUUGACGUAGAACUGGACAACACUGUUCGCACUUCAGAUGCCAAGGUAAAGGCUCAAAAAUCAGCUGUCGCGAAAGCCCACAAGGAAGUGGAGGAUCUGCGGACGAAGCUUGACCAGAGCGAGGCUGCCCGCGAAGCUCUUGCGGCCGAGCUUACACAGUUGAAGUCAUCGUCGUCGGGCUCAAGUGCUGAGGCUCAGGCGCUGAGGCAGAGAAUCGAUACUAUCGAGGCAUCUAACCGCGAUGCUCUGGCUCUAGUCGAGAGCAAGUCUACCGAGAAGGAUCGCGUGGCGGCGGAUCUUUCUGAACAGCACGCAAAGCUGUUGGGUUUACGGCGCGAAAUCAACCAGCUGGAGGAAAAAAAUUCUGCUCUGGAGAACGCAGCAGCAUCGCAGAAGUUCAAGGAGCAGUCACUUCAGCAAGAGAUUGACCUUCUCAAGAAGAGCAAUGAGUGGCAUGCCAACGAGCUUCAGACACGCAGCCAGGAGCACGCCAAGUUCCGGAAAGAGCGUAAUGCUCGGAUCUCCACCUUGGAGCGUGACCUCGAGGACAGUAGUGCCACCGUUGACGCCCUCAAACGAACCGAAGCGACCUUGCGACAGCGACUGGACGAGUUGCAGGGCAAAGCGGACGAAGCCUUUGCACGAAUUGCGAGCUUGCAAGAGGAGUAUGCACGCAAAGAGCAAGACUUCAGAGCAGAGUUGAGUGGCAGCAAGCGAUUGGCAGAGCUCCAGGCACAAAAUGCCGCUACUCACAAGAAGCGAUUGCAUGAAGUGCAAGUACAGGUGGACCAGAUCAAAGAAGAUGCUGCCGAAGAAAUUGGCAGGUUACAGGCUGAGAUUGAAACCGAGAGAGGAGACAAGGAGAUUGCCGAGUCAAAGGUUGCUGAGCUAGAGCUCACUGUGGAGCGUCUUGAGCAGCAGCCGCGCAUGUCAAGGCCCGGUACUCCACUGCGGAAUGGGGAGCCACAAACGCCUGGCCGCACUGGUUCACCAUCAGCCAUGCCCGGCUCCAUGCGCAAGGUGGUCAACGGCCUGAGCUUCACCCAGCUAUAUAGCAGGUACACGGAAGCACAAGAAGAUCUCGAAAGCGAGCGAAGACGAACGAACAAGCUCUCCACGGCACUCGACGAGCUUGUUAACGAACUGGAAACACGGAAGCCUGAGCUCGAGGAUCUCAAGGAGGAGCAGGAGCGUCUGGAGAACGAAGUUCUCGAUUUCUCUCGGCUCCUGGACGAAGCGAACGCCGGUAAGGAUGGGGCCAUCAGAGAGCUCGAGCGAUGGCAAGGAGAGGCCAAUAGCGCAGCUCGCGAAAGUCAAAUUCUCCGGCAGCAAUUACGUGACCUUUCAGCACAGGUCAAGAUAUUGUUGGUUGAGAUCCAAAGCCGCGAUCAGGGCUUGGGAGAGCUUUCAGCUGACGAGCGGCUGGAAUUGGAGCGUGCCGCUCGUGGCGAGCUUGAUGAUGGCACCUUGGACGAACUCAGUAGCACUGGGCGCCUCAUUUCAGAGCGUCUAGUCAUCUUCCGUCAAGUCGCUGACUUGCAGACACAAAAUGAGAAGCUGCUGAGGUUGACUCGGGAGCUGGGUGACCAGAUGGAGGGCAAUGAAGCAAAGGAGAAGGCACGCCAAUCGGAGGCGGAUGCGCAGGAAGUUGAAGUCCUACGGCAGCAGAUCGAACGUUAUAAGGAUGAGCUUACUUCUACGACAUCGCAGAUCGACAGCUACAUGAAGGAGCGCGACAUGUUCCGGAGAAUGCUGCAACACCGUGGCCAAUUGGCUCCAGAUGCCGAUAUGCAGUCCCUCUUCGGUCAGAGUGUAGGUCCUGGCACGCCCUCACGCAAUAGCCAGGGUCCGCCAGCAACGCCUCGCAGUAAGGAUGAGGACGACCUUCGCAAGCUUCUCAAAGAGCAUCAAACAUACUUCGACCAAUUCCGCAACGAAUCUACGACCGACCGCCGAAUGCUGAAGGAGCAGGCCGAUGCUUUGACCCGCGAGAAAAGCACACUGCAAGCAGACCUCGCUCGUGCGCAGUCUCAGCUGACAUUAGCAUCCGAGCGUUACGAGAUGCUUCAAUCGAACUUCAGCGCUUUGCGCAACGAGAACGGCGAGCUGCAGAAACGAUCGCAGCAGCUGGGCGAGCAGGCAGCACGACAAGACUUACGUACUCAGCAGGUUGCAGAAGAGUUGGUCGAGGCGCGUUCCAUGACGGAAUCACUUCGUAAUGAGAAUGCCAAUGCAAAGGCUGAGAAGGAACUUUUCAAGCGUAUUGAAACCCGCCUUCAUGAGGAGAACAAGACGUUGCUGGAUGAUCGUUCCCGUCUAAACAAACUUGUAACAGAUCUGCAGAAUCUUCAGAAUGAGCGCGAACUACAGGAGUCGGACAAUCGCCGACGGUUGCAGUCUCGCGUCGAGGCGCUAGAGACUGAGCUCAACGAUACCAAGAAGAAACUCGAUUCUGAAGUGGAGGACAGCAGGAAAGCGGCAUUACGUCGCGAGUAUGAGGAAGGCCAGAGUCGGACACGAAUCGACGAUCUGGUCAAAAGCUUGGGCCACGUCCGCGAAGAGCUCGUAGCUGCGAAGACAAACCGAGACCAGUUGCAAAGCCGCGUUGAUGAGCUGAAGAUCGAGCUUCGCGCUGCAGAAGAAAAGGUGACCGCCUUGCAACCGCGUCCAACGCCACGCGCAGAGCCAUCCUCAAGUGGAACACCUCGGAAUGCCGAUGAAGAGGAUUUGCCUGCUGAACAACGCCUUGCUGUGCAGGUCUCGGAGCUUCGUCGCGAUCUCGAACUGCAAAAGGGUGAAUUGGAGAGUGCCAGAACGCAGGUCGAGCAAUACCAGGCCAUCGCCCAGGCCUCUGAAGAGGAGCUGAGCAAUCUUAGCACGACCGCGGACCAGUACAAGGAGGACACCGAUAAUCUCAUCGCCGAGAAGGACGCCAAGAUCGCACAGCUGGAGCAACGUAUCGAGGACAUUGGUUCAGAGCUAGGCACUACCAACAGCGAACUGUCCGAGCUUCGAGGAAAGGCUGAUGACAGUGGCCGUCAGCUCGCGGAACAGAAGGCCAACUACGAAGCUGAACUGAGCCGGCUCAAAGAUGAAGUCGAGCGUCUUGAGACGAACGCGAUUACCAUUCAGGACGAUGUCAAGACACAGGCAGAGAUUGCGCAAGAGGCACAGACCAGUUACGAAGUUGAGCUUCAAAAGCAUGCAGAGGCCGCGAAGUCAUUAGCCAGUGUACGCAAUGAGUACAACGAGCUCAAGACCAAGGUCGCUGGUGCCAGAGCGGAAGCGGAAGCCGCAAAGUCUAGCUUGGAACGUAGCGAGGAGAGCUGGGCCGAGCAGCGCGAGCAUUUUGAGCGCGAAUUGGAAGAGGCGAAGCGGAAGCGCCAGGACGUCGAUGAGCAGAAUAAACUCCUUCACCAGCAGCUGGAGUCUUUCUCCAAGGAGCUCACAGCCCUGCGGCAAGGCCGUUCCGCAGCUGCAGCAACACCAGCAGCGGAUGGCGAAGGUAGCGACGUCGCUGCAUCCGGUGGCAGUAAUCUGCAGGAAGUCAUCAACUUUUUGCGUCGAGAGAAGGAGAUUGUGGACACACAGUACGAGCUGUCGUCACAGGAAGCGAAACGUUUGCAACAACAGCUCGAAUAUGCCAACACGCAGCUGGAGGAAACACGUCAAAAGCUGUCUGACGAGCGACGUCAGUCUGUCGAGAAGGCAAGUGCCGAGAGUAGCACUUCCAAGCUCAUGCAGACAAUCAACGAGCUCAACGUAUACCGCGAGUCAGCCACCACGUUACGCAAUGAGGCUCGGCAAGCUCGUGAGAGUCUGGAGGAGAAGAGUCUGGAGAUCGAACGUCUGCUAGCGGAGACGCAACCACUCAAGGGCCGUCUCCGCGAGCUUGAGGGCGAGCUGGAAGUCAAGCAAGACGAGAUUAAGCUGUUGCAAGACGACCGAGACCAUUGGCGCGAUCGCACCCAGAAUAUCAUCAGCAAGUACGAUCGUGUCGACCCUGCCGAGCUCGAAGAGAUGAAGAAGAAGCUCGAAGAACUUCAGGCUGAGAAGGAGCGACUCGAGGCUGAACAAGUGCCCAUGCAAGAGCAAAUCGAUGGCUUCGAGGCUCGUCUGCAGAGCGAGAAGGAGGCGGCGACAACACCACUAAACGAUCGGUUGAAUAAGUUUAGAGAACAAGCCAAGAGCCAAGACGCGAACCGAAGGACGAAAAUCAACGAGCUCAACCUGGAGAAGAACGCUCUCAUAGCUGAGAAAGAUGGCAUGGCAAAUGAGCUUCAGCAAGUGCAGUCUCAGCUGGCGUCCGUCAGCGCCGAACUCGAGCAAGCCAAGACGGAAAUCAGUCAAACACAGGCUGCGCUCGAGGAAGCCCGCAUCAAUGCCGCCAAAUCAAUAUCUGAUGACGCGGAGGAAGGCCAGGUCGAGGAAGACGGCACUGCAUCUGGCACAGAUAACAAGAAUGCUGCUUUAUAUAACAAGAUUGCUGAAGCAGAAUCGCAAGCAAGUGAGCAUGCCAGCCGUGCCGAUGGUCUCAACGCACAGGUUCAAACUCUGCAGGCGCGCGUGCAAGAGCUUGAGAGUCAAGUCGGCGAAGUCCAGCAACAAUUGGAGACUGCGCAGGCCAACUCAGGUGACGGCUCGACCAUGCCAACGUCAGACAACAGCGAGGCUCUGGAGAGACUGCAGCAAGACCUAGCUAUCGCCCAGCAAGAAGUUGAAGCUCUUCGGGCGAAUGCCGCGGACCCGCCCACGGAGACUUUGGUCAACGCCGAGCCAAUGGCUGGCGAGAAAUCUGUGGCCGACCAGGUGGCUGAGGAGGUCGCGAGGCAGCGUGCGGAGCUUGAACAGCAAUAUGAGCUCUCCAAGUCCCAGGUUGAUGAGCAGGCACAAUUGAGGGUCGAUGCAGUCAAGGCAGAGUUUCAGCAAAAGAUCCAAGAAGAGAAGGUGAAAAUCCGCGGCGACAUCGAGCAAGAAUUACGCGCUGAGCAUGAAGCUGUGAUUCGCAAGCUCACUGAGGAGCAUGCUGCCACCAUCGAGAAGCUACAGGCAGGGCACCAGGCAGAACUUGAGCGCUUCAACGCGGACGGCGCAGCAGCUGUCGAGAAGGCCGAGGCUUUGUCACCAGUGAAGCCGAAGACAGAAGGCCCACCUGUCGCUGCUGCGGGCGCACUCGACGUGAAGGCAUUGAACCUCACGUACGAGCAGGCGACAGAACUGAUUCGGUCGGACAAGCAGAUCAAGGAGCUACUGACCAAGAGCGUGAAGACUCACGUGGAAAAGCAGACUGCCAAAUUGAGGGAAAUCAUUGCUGCCAAGGACGCAGAGAUCACGAAGCUGCAAGAAGAGUUGAGCAAGCUACCCGCUGCGACCAACCCUGCGGAGUCUUCUCAACCGCCAUCCACCGAGGCAGACACGCUUGCACGUCAACAACUGGAGCAACAGCUUGCGACCGCCAAGAGCGAAUUGGACGCUGCGAACAUUGCCAAAGAUGUUGCCGUGAAGCACGCUGUCGAAACGGCCGAGAAGAAGUUCAAGUUGCAGCUCAACAUGCGUGAUGUCGCAGUGGCAAAGGUCACAGCUGUGCAGAAGGCCGCUCAAGAGACGCCCGAAAAGCCGGUCAAGGAGGUGUGGGACAUAGCGUCGAAAGCUCGCCCGCCGCCCGUUGCGAAGCCAGCGUUGCCAUCAGCCACGCAGCCGGCUCCAACAUCGACUUUUGGGCAGCCAUCGAAGCCUCCUGUUGUUGCAGCCACUCCUACGAAUCCGCAGGCUGCGUCGUCCACGCCUUCGGUUGCGCCAGCAUCGCGGCCCGGCUCAGAGUCCGGUUCUUCUGCAAAUGCAAAGCCAGCGAAUGGCACUGGCCCAGCAGCACUGAAGAGUAUCUCGAGCAUACCAAGUGCAGCAGGCGCCACCAAGCUUCCUGGUCCUGGAGCUCGCGCAGGCACUGGUCCUCCAAGCCGCCAAGGUAGUGUCGGCAGCACGCCAGCGCCAAACGCGCUUCAGCAGAGAGGCGGCUUAUCAAGUGGCCUACCGAGAGGAGGUGGCUCACUUCCUCGAGGAGGUGCUCGUGGCGGUUCCAUUCGUGGCAACGCACGCGGAGGAAAUGCUGCUAAUGCAGGCCAGAAGCGCGCGCACGACGGAACGGAGCCUGCUGGAACGGACCCUAAGCGCACUCGGGGCGGAGCUGCUGGCGGAGCCUAGAAUGCUUCUCCGCGAGGGUUUCGCAUUACAGGCGCUGCGAAUGCAAGUCCGAAUCGCAGCGUGAAUGGUCUCACCCAGAGCGAUAGACCUUUACAGCCACCGAAAUCCAAGGCCGAUCUCAGGGAUUUUCAGAAAUCGCCGUCACUCAAAGAACAUGGUGAGCGAUUGGACGAGGCACCAUGGAAUGAUUCCCGGGGCACGUCGUGAAGACAAGAGACGGGAUCGCAACCGGGCCUGGAUUUGACUCGGUGGGAAAGGAAAAAAUAACAUGCAUGGCUGAGGUGAGCACCAGCCGCAUCACACACUACUGGAUGCAUUUUCUAGAAAACCGAAAACGAGGCAGCAAAUUCGUUUUCGUGGUCUGUCGUAAGGUACAUGUAGCUAGCGAUGUAUAUA